AUGGAGGGCAUUGAUCUCACAAAGGCCGUGUUGAACAAGGGUAAACAAAUGGCCAGUGUCGCUGCGUCCACUGCCAAUGGCAACGGCGGCAAGAAGAGGAGAAAGGGCACUGACUUAAAGCCCAUCGUCACCAAUGAUGGCAAGUCUGGCGAGGCGGGCGAAGCCACAGAAUCGCGCGAUCUACGAUCUGGGCGAUUUUCUCCAAAUGUUCGAUCGCGACUUCGUUUGACACCCUUCCCGCUUGUUUUUGUUUUUCCUCAAACUGAUCGCUUUUUUCCCAUCUCCGACAACAGAAGCGGCGCUGCGCCAAAUUCCAAGACAACCGGGGCUGCAGGGUCGCGCUCACCUUCGACCUCAUCGGGCGACGAGGUUGAAACCACCGCCGAAGAGGAGGAUUCCGAGGACUACUGCAAGGGUGGGUAUCACCCGGUGGCCGUGGGCGAAACGUACAAUAAUGGCCGCUACGUCGUGGUGCGCAAGCUUGGGUGGGGCCAUUUCUCGACCGUCUGGCUGUCGAGGGACACAACCACGGGCAAGCACGUUGCGCUGAAGGUUGUGCGCUCCGCUGCCCAUUAUACCGAGACCGCCAUCGAUGAGAUCAAGUUGCUCAACCGGAUCGUCCAAGCCAAGCCUUCUCACCCAGGUCGCAAGCAUGUGGUCAGCUUGCUGGAUUCGUUCGAACACAAGGGACCCAACGGUGUCCACGUAUGUAUGGUGUUUGAGGUCCUGGGUGAGAACUUGUUGGGGUUGAUCAAGCGAUGGAACCACCGAGGUAUCCCCAUGCCAUUGGUUAAGCAGAUUACCAAGCAGGUAUUACUGGGAUUGGAUUAUCUACACCGGGAGUGUGGUAUCAUCCAUACCGAUCUCAAGCCGGAGAAUGUGUUGAUUGAGAUUGGCGACGUGGAGCAGAUUGUCAAGGCCCAUGUGCAGCAAGAAGAGGCCAAGAAGGCCGAGGAGAAGAAGAAAGAGGACAAUCGGAAUGGACGGCGGCGCCGGCGCACACUUAUUACGGGCAGUCAACCAUUGCCGAGUCCGCUGAACACCAGCUUUAGUAGCUUCGACUUUAAACACAGCUCUUCCAAUUCUCACAGCAGUUUGAGCCAGAUGGUGAACGAUUCGACACCAAACGAGACCUCUAUGAAGGAGGCUCUGGGCAUCAAAGAUGAAGAUGAACAGCAGAAGACGCGAGAGAAGACAGCUGAUCUCCUGGAGAGAGAAGUGUCCGGUAUCUCUCUCGAUAAGAGCUCAACAAAGUCUCUCGAAGAGGAGAUUGACGCCAGCAUUAUUUCCGUCAAGAUUGCUGACCUGGGUAACGCAUGCUGGGUUGGGCACCACUUCACCAAUGACAUCCAGACGCGGCAAUACCGAUCGCCGGAGGUUAUACUUGGCGCCAAAUGGGGCGCCAGCACGGACGUGUGGAGUAUGGCGUGCAUGGUAAGAUCGCUCCGAUUCGAGGACUUGGUCGAAUUUGUCCCCUCUAACACAGUCCAGGUCUUCGAGCUCAUCACUGGUGACUACCUCUUCGACCCUCAGUCCGGCACUAAAUAUGGCAAAGACGACGAUCAUAUCGCCCAGAUUAUCGAGCUGCUCGGACAGUUCCCCAAAUCACUCUGCCUCUCCGGUAAAUGGUCGCAAGAGAUCUUCAACCGCAAGGGCGAGCUGCGCAACAUCCACCGUCUGCGUCACUGGGCUCUGCCCGACGUUCUUCGGGAGAAGUAUCACUACAGCGUAGAGGAAGCCAUGCGGAUCAGCGAGUUCCUCUUACCCAUGCUGGAUCUCUCACCGGAGAAGCGUGCCAAUGCCGGUGGCAUGGCCUCGCACGAGUGGAUGCAGGAUACGCCGGGCAUGGCGGGGGUCAGUCUGGGUAUUACACCUGGGACACGAGGUGAAGGAAUUGACGGGUGGGCAUCCGAAGUCAAGCGGCGUUAG